ACUUAUCCAUUUCAUUGAGUAUACUUUUUGAUAACUCAAAAAUCUCCUAUGGCAACAAUCGGUAAUCUUUUAUACAUUCCAAACCAAAUUCCCAGACCAACCUAUGUUCGCAUAUUGGACACCACCCUCCGCGACGGUGAACAAUCCCCUGGUGCCGCAAUGUCUUGUAAGGAGAAACUAGAUAUCGCGCGCCUACUAGUAAAGUUACGGGUUGACAUCAUUGAAGCAGGGUUUCCUUCUGCUUCCAAUGAUGACUUCACCGCGGUUAAAAUGAUAGCGGAAGAUGUUGGCAAUGAUGUUGAUAGUGAUGGUUAUGUUCCGGUUAUAGGUGGUGUGUGUAGAUGCAAUGAGAAGGAAGUUGCCAUUACAUGGGAGGCUGUAAAACAUGCUAAAAGACCAAGAAUUUGUACUUUUCUAGUAACUAGUCCCAUUCACAUGGAAUACAAACUUAGAAAGACCAAAGAUCAGGUACUCAAGAUUGCUCGUGAUACGGUGAAGUUUGCACGGAGUUUAGGUUGUUGUGAUAUCUCAUUUGCCGCUGAAGAUGCUGCCAGAUCGGAGAAGGAAUUCCUUUAUCAAAUAUUGGGAGAAGUUAUCAAAGCUGGGGCAACAACAGUAGUCAUACCUGACACUGUGGGCAUAGCAAUGCCAUUUGAAUAUGGAAAUCUCAUAGCUGAUAUAAAAAAGAAUACUCCUGGAAUUGAGAAUGUUAUCAUUGCAACUCAUUGCCAUAAUGAUCUUGGACUUGCUACUGCCAACACCAUUGAGGGUGCACGUGCAGGUGCUCGACAAUUAGAAGUAACAAUCAACGGGAUUGGUGAAAGGGCCGGUAACGCUUCAUUAGAAGAGGUUGUUAUGGCCCUAAAGUGCAGAGGUAAUGAUAUCUUAUAUGGUCUACAUACAGGAAUUAAUACAAGACAAAUAUUAAGCGCAAGCAAAAAGGUGGAAGAGUACUCCGGAAUGUUUUUACAGCCCCACAAGGCUCUUGUUGGUGCUAAUGCUUUUCUUCAUGAGAGUGGCAUUCAUCAGGAUGGGAUGUUAAAACAUAAAGGCACAUAUCAAAUAAUAUCUCCUGAAGAUAUUGGUCUUGAAAGAUCAACUGAAACUAGUAUUGUACUAGGGAAACUUAGUGGACGCCAAGCUUUUAAAAAAAGACUUGAAGAGCAAGUUAUAUACUAAAGGAUGAUGAAUCUGAGAUCAUGUUCGCGAAAUUCAAAUUAUUUGCUGGGACAAAAAAGAGAGUAACAAAUGCAGACCUCAAGGUCUUGAUGUCAAAUGAAGUAUACCAAGAUGAACUUGUCGACAAAGUUGUGUGAUUUCUAGGUAAAUUAUAAUAUUAUUUAAUUAAAACUAAAUGUUUGGUGCAAUAACUCAAGUAAAAAUUCAAAACCAAUUGUUCACUAUAUCUAAAUGUAGGUUACUUGGUACUUUUGAAUCCUUCAAUGUAAAAA